AUGUACAAAUACAAGAGUAGAGUCUCUACAAUCGACCGAGCGACAUCGCUGGAGGUAUCGCUGAUAGGGUGGGUAAACACUGUAGCGCACGUACAGAUCAAGAAAGCAACAGCGGCAAAGCAAGGUAGCGGUAUGAAAGGGGUAUCUGACGACACUGUCGUCGAGGAAGAGGCAGAAGCUGUGGUGACAGACGAGCUUGGCGCGCGUGAACUUGUCAGCCUUGCGGAAGACGAGGACGAGAAGGAGUUGGAGAUGGUGGACGUAGACUCUACACGAUUCGACGUGGGGCUAAGCACGCUCGAGGGAACGGGAAGUGCAGAGGUGUCGCUGGCGAUGGGCGAUGAGAGGCUACCCGACAUAGAUGUAAGACUGUUGACGAGCCCAAGGUCAGACGUUCAGUGA